CCUUGCCCGAGUGAGUGUGUGUGUAUUUUGAUGAUGCAUGUGCAAAAACCCAUUUUAUUUAUAAAGAAAUUCUAAACAAAAUAUUAUUUAUCGUUAAAGGAAGAUAAUACAACGAGGUGGCGGAUUACUUCCAGCUAUAGCAAACAGCAUUAAUGGCUGGAAGCUGGGCAUGAGAGCCACCUUCUCCCGCCAAUUCUGCUCCCCUUCCCUCUACACUGGUCGCCUGAAUCUUUCCUUGUUCUCUUUGACUCACUUAAUUCCGUUAUGCUGCAUUCCCACACGAGCAGAUCAGUCUUCUCCAGCCACCAAUGUCUCCAAGAAGCCCACCCGACCCUUUUACCUCCUCCACCUCAAGGCAUCCGCCUCUUCCUCUAUCGUCCAUUCCGUUCAAAGCCAUGCCUUCAAAACUGGUUUCCUACACGACCUCAUUAUCUGCACCUCCGUGCUCAAGUCGCUUGCCGAGUUCGGCGAGGUCAACCGUGCCCGCAAACUGUUCGACGAAAUGCUCAUAAGAGACGUGGCUGCCUGGAAUGCCAUGAUUUCGGGCUAUGUCCGAAAUGGGCUGCUUCUUAAGGCUCGGCUCCUCUACCAGCUCAUGUAUUCUUCUUGCACAAGGCCAAAUUCGGUAACUCUCUCAGUUUUACUCCAACUCUGCGGCGAUUUAGAUGAUCAGAUGCUUGGGAGGUCUAUUCAUGGUUAUGCUUACCGGCAUCUUGAGUUGGAAGAUACUUUCUUAGGUAACUCUCUCAUUGUUUACUACAACAAGUUUGAUGAUAUCAAAGCCUCUGAGCGUGUUUUUGAGAGCUUGGCGAGGCCAGAUAUCGUUUCAUGGAAUGCUAUGGUUUCCGGGUACAUGACAUCAAGCUCCCCUUGGAGUUCUUUGGAAUUGCUCUGGAUUUUGAGAAAUAAGUGUUUUCAUUUAGAUCUUAUCACCCUGGAGAUAGCACUGCAGGCUUGUUCGAGGAUAGGCAAAGAUGCAAUUUUUGAUGGGGUGUUAAUCCAUGGGCUUCUAAUUAGAUUGGGAUUUAAAAUGGAUCUUUAUGCACAGAAUUGUCUUCUAAUUAUGUACUGUAAAUGUGGAAUGGUGGCGAGCGGGCAGUCUCUAUUUGAUACAAUGGAAAGUAAGAAUUUUGUCUCUUGGAAUAUGAUUGUCAGCGGUUACAUUCAUAUCAAUUGCCCAUUUAAGGCCUUGGAUUUAUUUUUGCGUGCUCUCGCAUAUGAAGCAGAAAUAAGUUCAGAUUUGUUGGUGAGCGCUUUACAAGCUGUUAGGUUAAUGGGAGAGCAACGAAAACUUGUCAUGUUCCUGCAUGGCCUGGUUAUUAGAAUGGGCUUUGAUUCUGAUAUUUAUAUAAGUAGUUCAUUUAUUAGUGCUUAUGGUGGCACUGUGGAAGUUGAAUGUGCUCGUAAAUUCUUUAAUUGCAUUUUGCCUGCAGGAAAUCAUAGUACAGUUCUAUUUAACUCCAUGAUUUCAGUUUAUUUGCAUCAUGGAUAUUUCUCUGAAGCAGUAGAGCUCACCAGGAAGGAAUUCUUUUAUGAUGCUGUAUCUAUUGUAAAUAUUCUUUCAUUGUGCAUCGCGAAGCUUGGUUUAAAGGUGGGUAAAGCAGUUCAUGGAUAUACAAUUAGGAACAAGUUUGAAUCUGAUUUAUUUAUUUCCACAUCAUUGUUGGAACUAUAUAUCACUUAUGGGGUUCUACAUACUGCUUUCAAGAUAUUCUUAUUGAUGCCUGAUAGGAACUUAGUGUCUUGGAACACAAUGAUAAUUGGCUGUGCUCGUCUCGGAGUUCCUUGGGCAUCUUUGAAGCUUUUUUAUGAUAUGCUGCAAAAGGAUGGUUUUUUACCUGAUGCAACUUCUUUGGUGGGAGCCAUUGAAGCGAUUUCUCAUAGAGGAAUUGAAAAUGAGAGAAAAUUCAUUCAUGAUUAUGUCAUUAAGAGUGAAUUUAUCAAUGAUGAGUUUGUUUCUACUUCUCUGAUAUGUAUGCAUUCAAGAGCUCAUAAUUUUAGUAAGGUGAAAAUGGUUUUUGACAGAGCUCGCAAACUCGGCAUAGUUACAUGGAAUACAAUGAUAGCAGAAUAUUCUCAUCAUGGUUUGAUGGACAGAGCUAUCUCAACCUUUGGUCGAAUGAAGAUUAAUGGUGUCACACCUGAUUCAGUUACCAUGCUUUGCCUUCUUCAAGGUUGCAUAGCCAGUGCCUCUCUAAAUGGCCUUGCUUUGGUUCAUUCAAUUAUUUGUAAAUCUGGUUACCACGAAGAUGUUUAUGUAGGGUCUGCAUUAAUAAACGCCUACUCAAAAUGUGGUGAAUUGAACAUGGCAUGGCUGGUUUUUGAUAAUAUGGUUUUGAGGACAAUAGUCUCAUGGAAUUCUAUGAUGCUUGGCUAUGGCAUUCAUGGAGAUGUGCAAGAAGCAAGCAAACUCUUCUUGAAAAUGCAAGAGUCGGGCUUGCAUCCCAGUGCUGUUACUUUUCUUGUUCUCAUUUCUGCCUGUAGCCAUGCAGGAUAUGUGGAGAGGGGCAUAUAUUAUCUUGAUCUUAUGACAGAGGCUUACUCUUUACACCCAAGAGAAGAACAUAUAUCAAGCUUUAUUAGUCUUCUUGGCCGCGGAGGAUUGGUUAAAGAAGCAAAUGAGUUAUUGGAUAGGAUACCUGAAGACCAUGGAGUGUUUGCCUGGGGAGCAUUUAUUGGAGCUUGUCGAGUUCAAGGUAACAUGGAAUUGGGCUUAAGUGCAGCACAGAAGCUCUUAGUAAUGAAGCCAUUGAAUCCGGGGUACAACGCACUUUUGUCAAAUAUACUUGCAGAAUCUGGAAGAUGGAUAGAAGCUUCUCUUACUAGAAGUAAAGCUGAUGAAGUGGGAUUCAGGAAAGAGAAGGCCUGGAGCAUGGUGCAGACUUUGGUGUGACUUCUGAUUAUAAGAGAGUGGAUUGUCUCUAUAGAUUGUUCUAUGUAGACUUCUUGGCUAAAAGGAAAUGCAAGAGAAAAUCAAUUAUAGCCACAAAGGGACGCAAUCCUU